AUGAUUUCACAAAAUAUCCCGGUUUUAAAUCCAACGGAGGAGCACUAUUUGAAGAGAGAACUGCUUCGAUGCCAAUUGGAUCAUGAAAUUGAAGCGCUAAACGAUCAGUUUGCCUUGAGAAAGUUUGGAUACCCAUUUUCACCAAACGAUCCGACAGCUCCACAGCCCACCUCAAAUAACGAUUCAUCACCGGUGCUCGGUGGCAAAGGCCAUUUUAGCGUUAAUUAUCCCAUGUUGAGUUAUGUUUUACAAGAAUUUAUAUCUACAUUCCCUUUACUUUCAACUAAUUUGUUGGUUGAUGAAAAGUUCUGGCAGAGUAAGGUUCAAGUUUUUUUUGAACAUUUUAUGAGUCUUGGUUUCAGUGAAAGUUACGAUAGGGAGGAAGCUUCAAAGAGGAAGAAAGUUUCCAAAAAGCUAUCAAAGGUUAUUCUGUUACUCUUCAACUCUGGUGUUGGCUCUUCCCAAGAGCAAGCGUAUUAUAAUGAGGAUAAAUUUGUUUUACAGUCAGGCCAAGCGAGGAAACGCUCUAAUAUUGAGAAAUUUGCGAUGCCAACUAAAGAAAAUUUGGAGAAUUUGCUUACGAACGAAUCUGUUUUCAUCAAUGGUUGGGAUGUUAAUAUUAUAUCUGUAUUUGGCAAGAAUUCACGGAGAUCUACUGAAAAUGUUGAAAAUGCUAGGUCUCCCAAAUCUACGCCAAUCUCGAGUCCCAAAAGCCAUGGUAUAAAAUCAUUUGCGUCCACUUCUAAAUGGAUGAAGAAUGCUUUCAGCAACACUAUCAAUAGUACCAUAAACAGUAUGCCCGAAUCCUCAGCAUCUUUGUUUUCGAAGUUAUCUCUUGGUGUGUCUUCAACUAAGAGCAAUAGAUCUAGAAAACACCAUUAUUUCUUGAUCAAGAUCAAAAAGCAAGAAGAUGAAGCUUACCAUAACGGUAAUGAAGAGAACGGUAAAAGUGAUUGCCUCAUUGAAUAUUUCUAUAUAACAAGGACUUACAGUGACUUUAAAAAACUAUCUCAUGAUUUAAGAUCAGAAUUUCCGGGGAAGAAAUGUCCGCGUUUACCUCAUAGAAACAAAAAAGUGACAUCUAUGGUGACUAAAACGGAAGUGUUACGUAAUAGCCAAUCUAAAUCGGCAACCCGGGAAAGAAUUGUCAAUACUUUUGAUACUGAUUUACAGUCUGCAUCGGAAUCAGAUAAUUCUUCAUUUCUACACACAACGAAUGAAUUAUCUGCUACUGAAACAGUCCUUACAGAAAAAGAAACUGAAACUCUGAGGAAAAAUAUCUUGGACGAGAUCAAAGAAGAAGAGCAUAUUGAUGAGGACGAGGAUGAGGAAGACGAGGAAGGAGAAGAAAGUGAUUUUGACGAAUACAAAGAUGCAUCCGAUUCAAAAGUCAAUACUUUGGUAGGUGAAAAAAUGAGAACUUCAUUAAGGCAAUAUUUAAGAAGUUUGUGUAAAGAUGCAGAGGUGUCACAAAGCACGUCUAUUCGCCGGUUCUUCCUGAGUGGGCCUAAUUUAGAUGUUAAGGACUUAAAUCCGAAAAUAACAGACGAUAUUAGAAACAGGGCGCUGAUAGAUGUGAGUAAUUUGGAGAACCAAAUACGUUUUCAACAGAUGGCAUUAGAAAAAUCUUUAAAAUUGCAAGAUUCAAUGAAAGAUUUCAAAACAUCCUUAUUAAAAGAUGAAAAAUACUUGAUGAGGCUUCUGGGAGAAAUUAAGGAUAACACAAAAGUUGAAGACCUAUCACCACUUUUACAAGACUUUGUCGAAUGGUGUAAAAUUUAUAUUUCCUCGAUGAUUUAUCAGAUGUUUCUGGGUAACGAUAACAGUUAUGAACUCUAUACACAAGUCAGACGACUGCAUAAACUCAUGCCAUAUACAGUUAUGGGACAGAUCAUGAAAUUUACUAAUCCAAUAGCGAUUAUGAGGGGGAUGAUUGAAUUAUUUAUGGCCCAACCUUUUGGUGGUCAUUCGCUCUUGCAAACAAUGUUUUCCACAAUAUUGACAGAUGAUUUGAAAACUCAAAAAGUGGCUAUAAAGGAAUUAGAAAGCAAAAUUGCCGAGAUGGAUCCAGGCGCGCCAGUUGUGAUUAAAUGCUUGAAAGAUUUUGUUUUUAAUAAUACUAAGGAUGAAUACGACGCUAAACUCUUUACUAUGGACACAGUAAAUGCAGAAUCAGAGUCCAUGAAUAUGCCUGUGCCAUUGAUAAUAUUAAUGAAAAGUGCAGCUGCAAAUCUGAUUUCAGACGAGGUUGUCGCAGGACUUAUUGAAUCCUAUUCCUCAUGGAAACUUCAGAGAGAAGGUAUGGACACAUUAACUGUAACUAGUGAAGAUUAUUCAGGUAGCUACUUUGCACACGUCAAAGAUUUAUUGCAAUUGUAUAUCAAAGAACAUGAUAAACAACUCAUGAGACAGCUAUGGCAAGAUCCGGAAUUAACUCAAAUGCUGAAAGCAAUUGUAACCAUGAUUUAUGAACCUAUGGUCAAGAUCUUCAAAGUUGCAAGGAUGGAUGUUGCUUUGAAAAAUUUUGAGAAGUUUAUGAGUGAUUUGAUUAAGCUAGUCGAUGAUGUUAUCAAUGGUCAGUUGGGAGUUUCUACACAGUUUAAUGUCGUAGAAGAAAUUCAUAACUUAGUAACCAAACAUCAAGAUGCCUUUUUUGAGUUUAUUCAUGAUGUGUAUUUGAACGAUUCAGAAGGAAUUUUUGAAGGUUUUAUUACCUGGAUUACUACAAUAGUAAAAUUUUUGCAAAAGAGUAAAUUUGGAGAGCCGAGUGAGAGGAUUGACUUUAAUAAAUUGAUUUGUAGAGAAAACAUCGAUAUUGAUGUCAAGCUUUUGAAAAUUCAAGUUAAUGGUGUUCUUAAUAAGAAGAUUGGUGCUAGGAAAAUUUACAAGAAGUUGUUAGAUUUGAAGGUUAAACAAGGGGCUAAACAAAAUAACAAGAACGCGGCUGGAUUGCUUCAAAAGAAUUGGAGUGAUAUAAACUCAUUGGUUAUGCCUUCGAGCUCUGGGUCAUUUGGGCUCGGAGAUGGUGAAUUGGUAGAUUUGGAUCUUGAUACAGCUGAUUAUGAUUUUCUACAUAAAGAUAAUGAAGUUGAAUUAGAAAAGCAAUACCAAGAUUUAUUGAAUCUGGUUGUUGACGAAAGUGAAAUUGAUAAACUGAGAUCUCGAGUUUUUGCGCAAGAGUUGAAAAAUUAUUUAGAAGCCCAAGUGGCUAAAAGGUAA